AUGUACUCUAAACAGAGCAAGUUAUACUCCAUUAUUUUGCUUGCAGGUAACAUGAUUAUUUACAAAUUGUUUGUCUGUUUAACACUCAUAACCUAAAUGUUUAUUUGCACUUCUAUGAAUAGGUGUUUGUUCAAAAUGCAACAAAAAUGAUUCUGGUAACCUCUUUGAAAAACAUUUCGGGAGAGAGGGUAACUCACUGACAAUUUCCUCUUUUAAAAUCUGUUUAUCUAAGUCUAAUUUCCUCUAGCUUUUUUUCUCUCUAAUUUUCUCUUCCUCUCUCUAGGUCUAAACAUCAUAUUACAUUACAGUUAUUUUACCGCGAAACAGAUUGUGUUAUUUUUUCAGCUGAAUAUCCUAAAUCUCUUCAAAAUAAAUUUUUAAAUUGCACACAAACGCUGAAAUAUAUUCUGUGUGCCCAAUGGUUUAACUGAAUGUUCAUGAGAUAUCAAAUGACAUUACGGACACCUGCAACUUUUCUUCGUUUGUUUUACAAACAUUCUUUUGUGGACAGGUAUUGCUCUUUUCCUGAAAGCGGACAUCACUUUUUCAAGUAAGUCGUAUGUAGCAAUUUAAAUGAAGAUGUUGUUUGGUAAAUUUAUUCAUGGCCUCUGAGUUAUCUAGUAAUUAAAGAUUUGCAGACUCGGAAAGAUCGAAAGAGGAUAUUUCUUUCGUCCAGCGCGCGUAAGCCUCCACAAUCUAUCAGGCGCUAUCUCAACUUAACCUUUUCUAUAAGAGAGUCAACACAUUACCCUUUCGGUAACCUUAAUCAGUGUAAUAUGUGCCGGAUAUUUAAUUAAUUCAACGCCCGCAUGGUUCUUUGUGGAUCAUUUUAUCGCCUCGUUUCUGUUCAAACGAGGAAGCCACAUGACUUGAUAUAUUUUUUAUUUAUUGCAGCUGAGCUUGGAGACACACCCUGGUCUUAUGACCGAGGAAUAGCCGGAGCCAAAGGUACAGGAAAUAAACAGAAUCAUGGUAUUUUACAAAGCUCAUAGUUAACAAAGCCAAUGGAAUUUUACUGUGUAUAAGCUGCUUCGAUUUCAACCGAACAUUCCAAGUUAAACAUGAUCGUUAUUGGUUUUUUUCUGUCAAGGCCCGGAUGAAUGGGAAACGUUAAACGGUGACUGGUCUUGCAAUGGACGCAAACAGUCCCCAAUCGACGUGGUCACAGACCAGGUGAUGCAGAAAGACCCCACCAAUCCACCCAACCUGAGGCUGACAGUGGCGGGCAAUAAACCAAUCACCGGUGAGAUUAGGAACAAUGGAUAUGCGCCCACGUUCUUCCUCGCAGAGGAGUUGACGGUCAAGUUGGCAGGCGGUCUACUUCAGGAAAACUACUUUCUGAAGCAAUUUCAUUUUCACUUUGGCUGCAAUAAUACAGUCGGUUCGGAGCACACAAUUGAUGGCAACACGUAUCCGAUUGAGGUAAAAUCCGACAUCUUCUGGCUCGUCUGCUAAGACGAGCCAGUGACUUCUCCAUUUCAUCCUUAAGUGUAGAAAAGAAAGCUCGCAGAUUUUGCAAACGUUAUUAAGAUGUUUAACUCACUGAAUACCUUCAAAAAAAAUUUUUUUUUCGAAAACAGUCUUGAGUAUUCUACCGUCCAUAAUCCUCCUGCAGCACCCCGGUGCUUAUUUGGAAUUUCUGUUGUAUGUUAGUUGCACAUGGUAUUUUGGGACAACACUAAUUACGCGACGUAUAAGUUAGCAGCUCAGGGAGAAGAUGGUCUGGCUGUGGUGUCUGUGCUUUACGAGGUAUAUCACUUAACUAUUUCUUCUCUAAUUUAUCUCUAGAAAUCAAGUCGUCAAUUGGCAUAUUAGUGUUAACUUUAUUAGUCAGGAUAAAAUUAUGAGAACAUGCUCAUCAAAUAGAAAAAUUAAGCAUUUGCACAAUUAACAAACAAUGGUUUAUUUACCCUUUAAGUGAAUCUAAUAUCGGAAGAUCGUAAUCCAUUCUGAUCGUAGUUGACUGCCUAAUGUAUAGCUAAAGUCAAGGAUGUUGAAAAAUGAAAUUAAUCUACCAAGGAAGGCUGAUAAAAUAAAUAUUGGAAUAAAAGCAGCAUUUAAGACUUAUCUGAUCACAAAUUAGCUCCUCUAAGUACACGGAAAUCUUAUGAGGCACAUCUCAUGUUGCAGCUUCCAAUGGCAAACAUUGGCACCACACCAGCAAAUAAUGCUCUGGAAAAAAUUGCGCGUCUUCUUAACAACGUUGUCGAAGAGAGUAAGUAGUUCGCACACCUGUGGAUUGUUUAGAUUAAGCUUAUGUAUUACAGCUAUAAUUGAAAUUUAAACCAUUCGGGACUGAUCUCAGAGUCCUAACAUACGUUUAACAUACUUGCAUGAUGAUGUCACUUAACGUUCAACCAUAGAGACGCGUACCAUGAUGUUUUGGGAGGGGAAACUCAGUUCUUCAUAUAACUCAGUAUUUUUGUUCGCGAUAGACUGAAGCGAAUGAGGGGAACUGGGUCGAGAUAGAGACAAAAUUCAGCUCUUAGUCUCUAUCAUCAUACUAACCAUAUUUACCUCGUCUUUUCAUAAAAAGACAGCAAUUACGUGGUAACACAGAGCGAGGGGCUGCAUAUCGAGGACUUGGCACCAUUACUCGCGUCGCCAGAUGUUGCAGACAGGUUUUACAAAUACAAAGGAUCUCUUACGACUCCCGGGUGUUAUGAAUCGGUCACGUGGUUUGUGAUGAACAAUCAUCCACAGAUAACAGAGCAAGAAGUAAGAAAUCAUCUUUACACAAAUAUUUUCCAACAUCACACUACUCGAGGAAUUCAAACCUCAAGAAUUUUAGAAAUUUUUUAAUCCGAGCGCUGUUUUUCAUCUUGAAAAUAGAUACUGGCAUUCCGAAAUCUACAAAGCAGCAAGGCGCAUGCUCAAGGUCCAAAUGUCGGUCGUAUGUGCAAUAACUUUCGAAACGUUAUGCCACUGAAUGGAAGACAGAUUCAUAGCAACAUCGUCCUAGAGUGAACAGAAAGUAUCCAUCUUUGUAUUUCUCGUAUCCACAGUAAGGUGAGUGUGUCUGAGAAUAGACACGAAUAAUUCCGAGCGUCUUGCAAUUGCUAUGUGUCACAGAGACCGCCUGACGAUCCUGGGUUCCCUUAAGUUUUUUUAGUAUUUCUCGAGGAAGUGUUUAUAAGGUUUCCCAAGGUUUUUUUUUUUUAAUUUUUGUAAAAACCAAAACAAGUAUCAAACAUUCACGAAUUUGUUCUCAGGCCUGGUUUUCAGACAUCACCGAGGAAGAAAGAGAUUGGAGACGCGGUUGUGUGCUUUCACAACAGUCAUACAUUGAAAAUAAUAAUCAAUGCGACGAGAAAAGGAGAUUGUAACCAGGAAAUUGAAAUGUAACAUAGGAUUAAAAAAGGAUUGGCCCUCGAGAAAUAAAUGAAAAUAUAGAG